CUCAGUCUCGUCCAAAGCAGAGCCCAGCUUGACACCACCCACCUACCGCUAGACAAUCGCAAGAUGUGAUGCUUUGCAUGCUUUUCUCAAGCGUCGCCCAUCCAUUCUUCAUUUCAAGCGCACCAGUAAUCUUCCAUAACUUUCCACACCACCCUUAACCUUGCGAUCGCCGUGCUUCCCUGUGCGAAAAGCUCUCCACCACCGCCCACGGCACACCACAUCCGCGUUGUUGGGAGUUAUAUACACACGGUCAGAGCGUCUGCUUGUUCUAUAGCGCCUUUUGCAGGCAGAUCAGCGACAGUAGUUGGCCGUCGUCGUUGCGCCCGCAUUAUGCUGGCGUCGCGGUCGAGAAGUAGGUCACGAACUGCAGACACGGCCCCCUCACGAGGCACAGACGUAUCAGCUAACCCCAAUUCCGACUCUCGGCUUUCACCUGCUCCUUCGUCAACGUCGCCCACACCAUCACCCACCUUGCCAGAUUCCAAGGAUCAUAAGCCACACGAUAUGAUCUCGACGGUAACGCGGCAAAGCCCUGCGACACCGCUCGCCAUACCGGCGCAAAGCGAGAAUACUACAUUUCAGCAGCGGAUAGACAAUCAGGACGACGAUGAUCGGUCGAGCAGCCUAAGUGAGCUCGAGGACGUUGCCGAUGACCAGCUAGAUACUGCCUCCGCCCAUCUCGUUGAUCAAGAAUCAGAAUAUGAUACCGAGGCAGAAACAGAGAGGCUGGAGCGCACACCUCAGAAACUCAAUGCUCCGUUAAACAACAAUUCGCUUCCAGAAAAGAGCCCGAGCAAACUGGCACAAGAAAUUCUUGCCGACGACUCGAGCACACCCACUGCCGUCAGCAACGACGCCAUUUUGGCAGAUCAACAGAUCGGGUCGCCUGCAAAUGGUGAUUUUGAUACUAACGGGAUUGAGCUUGACCAUUCAGAGACUCCAAGUCGGAAGCGGAAACGAUCGGAGUCGGCCGUCAGUUCAUUAAGCGACACCGAUGAGCCGCUUGCAAAAAGAAGUCACUCACAGCGCUACAAAGACGCAUCGGCCAUGUCUUCUACUGAGACGCUUGUCAAUAAACCUCCACCGUCUGCCGACCACGACGACGAGUCUGGUGACCAAGACCCUGAGGCCGCAGUAACAACGGAGAAAGAUGCAGAAGCAGAAACCCAGGAGCCAGUGGCCCCUCCCAGAGGCCGAAAAGGCAGAAAGGGCAAGCGUAAAGGCCGAAGGGCUGCUGGCGACGAUGUAGAUGUCAAUGGUGACGAGCAAGUGGUGCAAGAGGAACCGGAACCAGUUGAGGAAGAAGAGGAGGACAGCAACAGGGAUGAAGAAAUCGCCAGGAAACGACUAGCCUUAGAGGCCUUUUCGAAGAUCGAGAAGGACUUCGCAUCAUUCCGAGAAAGACAUAUAAACCAACAGUUGCAACAGAUAUCGCAAGAACUCGACCUACUGCGGUUACCUUCGAGCUCUCAUCCGGAAUUUCUUGCACAAUUGCGAUGUAUUGAUCAUUAUCGAGACGAGAAAAUUCGGCACCAAAACGUCCUCUUCAAGUUCAAGCAUGACGCACUCCAAGUCAGAACCGUCUGUGAACGACAACAGUUGCACAGUCAAUACUUUCAAGAGGUGCGAAACACCCGAGAAAGGACUCUCGAGGAGUGCUACAGAAAUCUCUACGCAAUCCAGAAAGACCGCCGUCGAUGGGGUGCUGAUGACGCAAAUUAUGCCCAUAUGUAUCAGCCAAAGCGCGCUCAGCAGAUCGCACAGCAGACAUCCUAUAAUCUGGAAGUGUCAAUCUUAUCUGGUAUUGCCAAGCAUGUAGGGUUUCCUGCGGCACCAGAGUUAUCAACACUGCCCCCGGAUGAUGUUGACUCGGAUUUCAAGUUAAUGAAGAUUCCCGAUCGGCCUCUUCACCCACGCAUAUCUCUUCGAGACACCGAGCGCGAAGCUAUUGACCGCACAUUCUAUGAACAAAACCCUUGGGCCAACCCCCCUUUAGCCCCAACAAUGAUGCAAGCACAAGCUUUUGCAACGCCAGGCGGUCCGAACCGUAUUGUGUCGAAUGGAUCGACGAUUGAUGUGAACGUGCUUUCGGCUCCUACCUCGCAGAAUCCGACCCCGCAGAAUCGAGACUUAGAAGGAGGACACAUGGCUAAACUGCCUCAUCAGGUGGAUUCAUCACCACUGGCGUCAUCGGGGGGCACUAUACCAUCAGUGCUAAGCGCAACGACAUUUUCGACGAGUGCUCUCCAUGGUGUCGAUGGAAAGGAUACACCGACAGUGCCACCUCCUGCACUGUCGAUAUCGGUUGGUGGGGGAAAUAGGUUAGUGCAGUGAACUUGUUGACGAGUCCCAAGUUGUUUUGUUUGAUAACGCGUCCACUGGUCUCUUUAGACAUACAGCGGCGCUACUCGGAGUUUCUUGCAUGUCGAAACACGCAUGCCACAUAUAGACCGGGCGGUAAUGGUAUACUCAAGGACAUGGACAAAGAUUUUUCGUGAGUGGCCACGGAAAAGCGGGCAUGCUGUCUGGAGAGGGAAUGGUGGUCUGGAUACCCAUUUAACUACAUUUCAGCGCGCGUACCGUCUUUAUUUACUCUCCACUAUCGAAGAAAUUCGUGCAUAUUGUACAAUUUUGCGCACCUAAUGCGAAUAUGACACCUGUGAAUGAAACUGAGGGAAACGGAUAUCAGAUAUCCUCUUUUUCAUUAUUUACGACAUGUCCACCUGGCUAAGUAGACGAAUUGCUAUAAAAAGACUUGAUUCAAAAUCUUAGCAGAAUUCCAUCG